GUCUUAAGCUACCUAAAUAUUCAUACAAAUUCAUAUCUUAAUUUUCAAUGGUAUGCAUUUGUACUAGGUAUUUUUGAGGAAGUAACUAACUGUAACACUAAAACAUGAGCUGUCAAUUAAGUGAUUGUCAGGCGUCAGCCCUUGCCCUCUUGAUUCUUUGUCAGUGCAUCCAUAAAAUGUGAAUGUAUCUUUAAAGUUUUACUUUUUUUACUUUGAUUUGAUGUGAAAUGAGAGAGUACUUCAAGAAAUUUUUGUUUCAAGAAAAUAACAGAAGAAUUACAGUUCAGUGUUCAUAACAAUCAAAAGAGAUUGCAUGUGUUUGUGUUUUAAAAACAAAUGUUCUGGGGUUAUAAAGUAAUAGGUUAACUAGCUUUCAAUAAACAAGCAUCAUGGUUCAGGCUACAGAUGAAAUGGAGUUGCCUGAUCUACCACAAGCAAUGAAUUUGUUAAAAGAAAUGAAUACGAACAUACAACAAGUAUCUCAGCUUGUGGACAAUAUGUUAAUCCGUGUCAAAAAUGGUGAAAUGACAACUGACAAAGGUUUAAGCUUUUUAGAAAUGAAGUAUCAAAUGUUACUAAGUUAUUUAAUAAAUUUAACUUAUAUUGUUCUAAGAAAAUGUUCAGGCGAAAAAAUUGAAUCUGAUCCUUCAAUUGAUAGACUUGUAGAAAUUAGAACGGUACUUGAAAAGAUACGUCCCAUAGAUUCUAAGUUAAAGUAUCAAAUAGAUAAACUUGUGAAAACAGCUGUGGUUGGUGCAACCUCAGAAGAGGAUCCACAGUCUUACCAUGCUAAUCCAGCUAAUUUAGUAAGCAAGGUUGAUAACAGUGAAGAUGAAUCCAGCGAAAUGUCGGAUGAUGCUGAAAAACCCAAAGAUAAUAAAUCAAAUGUGUAUGUUCCUCCAAAACUAGCAGCGGUACACUAUGAAGAAAAUAUUCCGAGAAAAGACAAUGAAAAGAAUAAAGAGAGAGCUAGAAAGCAAUUCCUAAAUUCAAGUGUUAUGAGAGAACUUCGAGAAGAAUACUCUGAGGCACCAACAGAAGUCACAACUGGCAACUAUGUCAAACACUCGAUUUCUAAACAGGAACAAGAAAAGACUGAAUAUGAAGAAAAUUAUCUAACACGCUUACCAGUAACUAAAGCUGAGAAAAAUCGAAGGAAAAAACUAACUACAGUUGGAAUGCUUGCUGAUGAAAUAACUGGAAGCCGUAGUAUUUCCCGUAAACACAAACUCAAAACUAAAAAAGGGAAAGGAUUCAAAAGAAGGAAAACACAUUAAUCGUCUUCAUUAAUGACUAUCACAUAUUUAAUAAAUUAGUAACAACUACCCACUAACUGUUUUCAUAUGUAAUUUGAAUCAUUAAUAAGUUGGAGCCCUCAUUUUUUAGUUUUAAGUAUGGAUAGCUUUUUACUUUAAGGACUUGUAGUGGUUAAUCAAUUAAUUUGAGCAUUAAAAUUUAUAUUUUUAUAACUUUUUAUAAGCAUAAAUAUAAUUCUGUUACGGAAUGUGUCAAAAAACCUAAUCCUGUUAAUUCUUCAGUAAAUUAUGUGGAUUUAUGCAAAAAAAUUAUAAUUUGUAUGUUAUUUUUUCACAUUAGAAUAUUUAAAUUAAAUAGAUAACAAUAACAUUAAGAAAUGUCUCCCACACAAGUUUAUUGCUGUUGUAAAUGUCAAAUAUAAAUAAUAUAAAGUUUCAUAAAGAAAUAGCAUACAGGGUACUGAAUGAAAUAAUUUAUUUGCUAGAUUCAUUGCACAACUUUUUUUAAAACUAUAAUACAAUGUUAAAUAGUUUACAUAUUUUAUACACAUAGCAAGAUUUAUUAUUAAAUUCAUAUUGUGAUUUAUCUUGCCUUGCCCAGUGUAAAUCGAAAAUUUUGUUGUAAAGGAAAGUUUUUGUGUGAAUGAUAAUUGAUGAGAAACUAAAAUGUAUCUUAAAUGAUCCUUAAAUAUUUCUGAUAUAGAAGGAUUGGUGUGAUUGAUUAUGUCAAUGUUUUUAAUACAUAAAAGAUUGGCCACUGGAAAAGGCCUACAGCUUUUUGUAAAGUAUAAAAUUAAGCAUAUUAAAUUGCCCCAUCUUAUUCCUUUGCAAAAAUAGUGGUUUAUAGGUGUGUGGCAUAAUUUGUUAUUAUAAUUUGUGAUCCAUUGUUUCGUUUAUUUACUUUAGUUUUAUGUGUUUUGUUUCAAAAAAUUGUUUUAUUUUGAUAAGGAUGAUGUCUAAUGUGGAACUCUUAUAAACUCCUGUGGAAAAAUCCUUCAAUUAUAAUAAAUAAUAAACGAAAUCGACGCCAUUAGGAUCAAAAAUUAUAAAGUAUGUUUUUGUAAUUAUAAAUGAACUUUUGAUUUAGAUAUAUCAGCUUUUAUUCAUAUUUGUUGUAUUCUAAUUAAUGCUUGUUUCAUUAAUAAGAUUACUAAAUAAAUGUAUUAACUGUGGAAUAUGUAAUAUGCAUAAUACAUUUAAUUUGUGUAUGUUUUUAACUAAUGAUUGAUAUAAUUGUUGUGGGCUUAUAGAAAAUGCAAAUAUUAUGGCCUUCUCUUGCUUUGGUAUAAGAGGCCAAUAUUCUAUAAAAAAAGUUAACCUAUUUUAAGUGUUUACUGCAAUUAAUUCGUUUUUCUAUAUAAAUCUACCUAUCAAACAAAAAGGGUAGAAAAUAAAUGAGAUGUCUAUGCAUGUUUAUUUUAACAAAAAUUACGAUACUUAGUUCCACACUUGUUCUGUUUGUGCAUCCAAUAACCUUUCGUUUAUUGUAUUUAUUUUAAAUAGUUUUUUAUUUUUAAUUUUGUUUAGUUAAUGUUUAACUUUUUUUCGUUCGUAUGAAUCGAUUGUGACUCGUAAAUGUAAUAAAUAAUUUUGGAUA